AUGGCUUCCCGUGGUGCGUCCAGAGCUCUACGCGCUUCGGCAAAGCAAUUGGCCGCGCCUGCUGUCCAGCGCCGGACGUUUGUCUCGGCGCUCAAUGCUGCGAGAGCAGGCGUCACUGCUGCGCCGAGGGCUGCUGUUACAGCACCGUUUGUGCAGAAGAGGGGAGUGAAGACUGUGGACUUUGCGGGGACGAAGGAGACGGUGUACGAGCGUGAGGACUGGCCGAGGGAGAAGCUGUUGGACUACUUCAAGGAUGACACCCUCGCCAUGAUCGGCUACGGCUCCCAGGGCCACGGCCAGGGCCUCAAUCUCCGCGACAACGGUCUCAACGUCAUCAUCGGCGUGCGGAAGAACGGCCAGUCGUGGAAGGAGGCUGAGCAGGAUGGCUGGGUCCCGGGCAAGAACCUCUUCGAGAUCGACGAGGCCAUCUCCAAGGGCACCAUCAUCAUGAACAUGCUCAGCGAUGCUGCGCAGAGCGAGACGUGGCCGCAGAUUAAGCCGCAGUUGACUAAGGGCAAGACCCUUUACUUCUCCCACGGCUUCUCCCCUGUCUUCAAGUCCCUCACCAAAGUCGAGGUCCCCACCGACAUCGACGUGAUCCUCGUCGCGCCCAAGGGCUCCGGCCGCACGGUCCGCACUCUCUUCCGCGAAGGGCGCGGCAUCAACUCCUCCGUCGCCGUCUACCAAGACGUGACCGGCAAAGCCGAGGAGAAGGCCGUCGCGCUCGGCGUCGCCGUCGGCAGCGGCUACCUGUACAAGACGACCUUCGAGAAGGAAGUCUACUCGGAUCUCUACGGCGAGCGCGGCUGCCUCAUGGGCGGCAUCCACGGCAUGUUCCUCGCCCAGUACGAGGUCCUGCGCGAGCGGGGCCACUCGCCGUCCGAGGCGUUCAACGAGACCGUCGAGGAGGCUACCCAGAGCCUGUACCCGCUUAUCGGCCAGAAUGGCAUGGAUUAUAUGUAUGCGGCGUGCAGUACCACGGCUAGACGUGGCGCCAUUGAUUGGAGCAAGAAGUUCAAGGAUACGCUCAAGCCGGUGUUCAAUGAGCUGUAUGAUUCCGUCCAGGAUGGUACCGAGACGAAGCGGAGUCUGGAGUACAAUAGCAGACCGGACUACAGGGAGGCGUUUGAGAAGGAGAUGGAGGAGAUUCGAGGCUUGGAGAUUUGGAGGGCUGGCAAGGCUGUGCGGUAA